AUGCGGUUCGACGCCGGCACACUUUUGGAUCAUGGUACCUAUAUUUGCAGCCUAUCGUAUUUCGUGGCUUGUUUAUUUAAUAUUAUAAUUUGUAUAACUUUUAUUGUUUUAUAGAAAGCUUUUACUCGGUUUGUCCGGAGGUAUUGGAGAAGCAUAUUGCCGACCGGUGUCGGUUUCCAAACGGGGUCACCGUUGAUCCGUUCUGCGGCACCGGCGGCAAUAUAAACCAACUGGCCAAAACCUGCCGUAAAGGUAACGUAUCUAUUAUACCUACCCUAUACUUACAUAAUAUAUUAUUUUCGUUUAAAAUAUGAAUUAAUGUUUAACUGUUUUUUUUUUAUUUUUUAUUUUUGAUUUUGCAUCAGUGUUGGCUAUGGACAUAGACGGCACAAAACUCGAAUUGGCCCGGCACAUAGUCGGUGUGUAUGGAUGUGCCAAGAACAUAGAGUUCCGUAAAAACGACUUUUUCGGCGGACCGAGUGGUCAACGGGCAAAUAUAGUGGUCACGUCGCCCCCGUGGGGAGGUCUCGAGUACCUCCGCCAGGAUUCGUACAGCCCUUUGGUCCUGGGCGAGGCCUACGGGGGCGGCGAAGCCAUCGCGCGGAUCGCGAGAUCGAUGGCACCGAAGUUGACUCUACAUUUGCCUAGAACGGUUGAUAAAUCCGAAGUUAGUAUAAUGUUGUUUGUCUUUGAAUUAGCCGUAAAUGAUCUAUUUUGUUUUUUUAUACGUUUAUAUAGUAUGAUGAUUUGUGCACUUAUUUGUAUUCAGUGCGUAGUGAUCGCCAGGAAGCUAUGUUUUACUCGGUUGAAAUUUGA